GUCCUCCCUUCCACGGUCAAUUCCACCAUCUGAUAAUUAAACAUGUCUAAAACUUCUUCCACGGCUCUUCUCCUCCUUACCAGCUUCAUCGUCCAGCUCGCGGCUACCACCAGCGCCAUCGGUGUGAACUAUGGCACCUUGGGAAACAACCUCCCGCCGCCUGCUGAGGUGGCUAACUUUCUAGCGACAAAAACAUAUAUUGAUCGCAUUAAAAUCUUUGAUACAAAUCCUGAAAUUCUUCGCGCCUUUGCCAACACUAACAUUUCUGUGACGGUAACCGCCGGCAACGGUGAUAUUCCUUCUCUCACUAAGCUCGAUUUUGCUCGCCAGUGGGUUGCCGCAAACAUAGCUCCUUAUUAUCCACAAACAAAGAUCAUUCAUGUUGCUGUUGGCAAUGAAAUCCUACAAAGUGCUGUUAAGGAAUGGAUUUAUAAUCUUCUUCUCGCCAUGAAAACUCUUAACCAGGCUUUGGUUGAUGCUGGGUUUAAAGAUAUCAAGGUUUCUACGCCGCAUACUCUAGGCUUUCUCCAGACGUCAGAGCCACCAAGUGAAGGGCGGUUCAGAGUUGGCUAUGACAAACAAAUAAUAGCCCCAAUGCUUCAGUUCUUACGCGAAACCAAGUCAGCUUUUAUGAUUAACCCAUAUCCUUAUUUCAGCUACUCAUCAAGGAUGGAAAACUAUGCGGUAUUCAAAGCCAACCAAGGAAUAUAUGACAAGAACACUCGCAUCACAUAUUUUAACAUGUUUGAUGCCCAAAUGGACGCUGUAUAUUCCGCCAUGAAAAGGCUUGGUUACGGUGAUGUGCCUAUUGUGGUGGCUGAGACCGGUUGGCCGUCGGCUGGCGACCAAGAUCAGCCGGCUUGUACAUUGGAAAAUGCACGCUCAUUUAAUUGGCACUUAGUUAGGCAUGUUAAGGCCAGAAGAGGAACACCUUUGAUGCCCAACCGCCGUUUCGAGGCUUAUAUUUUCGGGUUGUUUAAUGAGAAUCUUAAGCCCGGACCAACUGCUGAGAGGAACUUUGGUUUGUUUUAUCCAGAUUUUACCCCAGUUUAUGAUGCUGGUAUUAUGAAGGUUGCUCCAACACCACCAGGCAAGAAAUUCUGUGUAGCAAAAGCAGAAGCCGAUGAUGAAGCGUUGCAAGCAAACAUUGACUAUGUGUGUAGCAAGGGCAUCGAUUGCAAGCCUAUUCAAGCUGGCGGAGCUUGCUUUGAUCCCAACACAGUACGUUCUCACGCAGCCUUCGUCAUGAAUUCUUACUACAGUUUUCAUGGCCGCCAAGAUUUCAACUGCGAUUUUGGUAGCACUGGUGUCAUCACAACCCAAAAUCCCAGCUAUGGCAACUGUUUCUACUAGAGAAAGAUCGUACUUAAUUUGUUGAUGAGAAGAUGGGCGACUUGAUUAACUGUAGAUUAUGAUCAGACAAGUGUUAUUUGUUGGUUUUCAUUUGUAAAUUUUUGUGUAGUUCAGCUUUGACAUGAAUUUAGUGUACUAAUCAUUUACUAAAUAAAAGUCCUAAAACAAUUAGCAUUGUUCACA